AUGGGGGUUGCAGAGUGGCAAAUGAAUACAGAUGAGUUAAAAGCUGUAGGUAAAACGUGCCUACUGAUCAGUUACACAACCAAUGCGUUUCCUGGAGAAUAUAUCCCCACUGUCUUUGACAACUACUCUGCCAAUGUUAUGGUGGAUGGAAAACCGGUGAAUCUGGGCUUAUGGGAUACAGCUGGACAAGAAGAUUAUGACAGAUUACGUCCCUUAUCCUAUCCGCAAACAGUUGGAGAAACGUAUGGUAAGGAUAUAACCUCCAGGGGCAAAGACAAGCCGAUUGCCGAUGUAUUCUUAAUUUGCUUUUCUCUUGUGAGUCCUGCGUCAUUUGAAAAUGUUCGAGCAAAGUGGUACCCUGAAGUGCGACACCACUGUCCCAACACCCCCAUCAUCUUGGUGGGAACUAAACUUGACCUCAGGGACGACAAAGACACGAUUGAGAAGCUGAAGGAGAAAAAGCUGACUCCCAUCACCUACCCGCAGGGUUUGGCCAUGGCGAAGGAGAUCGGUGCUGUAAAAUACCUGGAGUGCUCGGCGCUCACGCAGCGAGGCCUCAAGACAGUGUUUGAUGAAGCUAUUCGAGCGGUUCUCUGCCCCCCUCCCGUCAAGAAGAGGAAGAGAAAAUGCCUGCUGUUGUAAAUGUCCGGGCCCCUCUCCUGCCCUGCCCCCCUCAGAACCUUUGUACGCUUUGCUCAAAAAUGGUGGAGCCUUCGCACUCAAUGCCAAGUUUUUGUUACAGAUUAGUUUUUCCAUAAAACCAUUUUGAACCAAUCAGUAAUUUUUAGGUUUUGUUUGUUUAAAGUGUAAGACUUCAAACUUUCACAUUAUAUUAAAAUUUAGCCCUAAAAUGGUAAGCUUUUUUAAAGCCUUAUUUUUCAGAAGCCCCUAUUCUUGCUCAGAUUAAGAGUUGCCAAAAUACCUUGUGAACUAAAUUGCAUUGUUGUGCUGAGAACACUAAGCACUAAACCGUUUAAGACCUUUGUCUUGAGAAGAGACCGCAGCCAGCCUCUCAAGUUCGGACGCACAGACCCCUGCUGGCUGAUCUCUGCCGGGAGAGCCCCCAGCCUCCUUCCGGAGACUGGCGGCCGCCUGGCGCAGCCCGGCCACCCCCAGCACCGAGCUGUGUGUCCUCCUGGAACGAGCGUAAUGACUCAGCUCUCUGAUCAAUCUUUUUGAUUUUGUAGUGAGAUUUU